AUUUUGUAGAUUAAAUUAUAGCUUAUACUCAAUCAUCUUUAAGUAGUAACAAACAAAGUCAUCUACCAUGGAUGAUUUUUGUGGAUCAGAAUUUUGGAAUACAUCGAUAACAUGGGAAGCAGAUAAUCCAGAUCUUACACCAUGUUUCCAACAAACUGUUCUCGUCUAUGUGCCUUGUGCAUUUCUAUGGCUCUUUACUAUGCUUGAGAUUUAUUACAUCAAAAAUAGCGGCGACCGGAACAUUCCUCGAAACUUUCUAAAUCAAUCAAAACUUUUUUUAACUGCCGCUCUCACUAUUCUAACUAUAAUUGAUUUAGUUUAUGCAAUAAGUAGUGAUGGAGGUGGAAGAGUAUAUCCUGUUCAUUUUUACACACCGGCUAUUAAAAUAGCAUCAUUUAUUCUUUCUGGCGUUCUCAUACAUUUUAAUCGAUUGCAUGGCAUCAGAACAUCUGGAUUGCUUUUCAUCUUUUGGUUUAUGCUUACAGUGUUAAGCAUUCCUCGUUUGAGAACAGAAUUACGAGGAUCAUCAGAGCGUGCAGAAAAUGGAGAUGAAAAUUCUUUCGAUCAUUACAAUUUCAUCAGUUUCAUGAUAUUUUUCCCGACAAGUGCCUUGCUUACAUUUUUAAAUUGUUUUGUUGACUCGGAAGCGAACGAAACUAAAUAUCCAAAGGUUGAUAAGCCUUGCCCUGAACUAGGCGCAAGUUUCCUCUCGAAGAUAUUCUUCCGUUGGUUUGAUAGCUUUAUCUGGCUUGGUUAUCGACGACCUUUGGAAAAUGGUGAUUUAUGGCAUAUGAAACCAGAAGAUACCUCAACAGAAGUUACUCCACGAUUCCUCAAAUAUUGGAAUAAAUCAGUUGCAAAGAAUUCUCAAAUCGAACCUGCUCCAGCAAUCUCAUCAGCAACAUUCAAGAAAUCAUCAGCAAGUGUUAACUUUGCAACUGCAAAAACCAAUAAACCAGCAAGCAUUUUACCAGCUCUUAUCAAGGCAUUUGGGGGAACUUUUCUCUUUGGUUCUUGUUUAAAACUUUUCCAAGAUGUGUUGACAUUUGCAUCACCACAAGUUCUUCGAAUGUUAAUUAACUUUAUUGAAGGCGGACAACCAGCAUGGCGUGGGUAUCUUUAUGCUGGUCUGUUAUUUGGAAUUGCAUCGACACAAACAUUAUUUCUUGCUCAAUAUUUCCAUCGCAUGUUCAUCGUUGGCCUUCGCAUUCGAACAGCGUUAAUCUCAGCGAUUUUCCGAAAGGCUCUCGUAAUGUCAAACAGUGCAAGAAAAGAAUCAACAGUUGGUGAAAUUGUCAAUUUGAUGGCUGUUGAUGCUCAGAGAUUUAUGGAUUUGGUGACAUAUUUGAAUAUGAUUUGGUCGGCACCACUUCAAAUCUCACUUGCAAUUUAUUUCCUUUGGGGAAUUCUUGGACCAAGUGUACUUGCUGGGUUGGCUGUUAUGAUAAUUCUCAUCCCAGUUAAUGGAGUCAUUGCUAACAAAGCAAAGAAUCUUCAAAUCAGGCAAAUGAAGAACAAGGAUGAACGUGUGAAGCUUAUGAAUGAAGUGUUAAAUGGCAUGAAGGUUUUAAAGCUUUACGCUUGGGAGCCAUCGUUCGAGAAACAAGUGUUGAAGAUUCGUGACAAAGAAGUUCAUGUCCUUAAACAAGCUGCUUAUCUUAACGCUGGAACGAGUUUUAUUUGGUCAUGUGCACCUUUCUUGGUUUCACUCGUAACAUUUGCGACGUACGUGAUGUCGUCAGAGGAAAAUAUCCUCACACCGACCAGAGCUUUUGUUUGCCUUACACUUUUCGACAUGAUUCGAAUGCCACUCGCGCUAUUACCAUUAUUGAUUGUUUACAUGAUUGAGGUGGCAUUGACAACUUUCGCCACUUACGUUUUUGUUGAUGAGAAUAAUGUUCUGGAUGCAACGAAAGCUUUUGUCAGUUUAUCACUGUUCAAUAUUCUUCGUUUCCCACUUUCGAUGUUACCAAUGCUUAUAACAAAUUUAAUUCAGACGAGCGUUUCAGUAACGCGCAUCAACAAAUUUAUGAACGGAGAAGAGUUAGAUCCAAACAAUGUUCAACAUGAUGAUUCUGAAAAAAAUCCGCUUUUGAUCGAGAAUGGAACAUUUACUUGGGGUGAUGAGGUGAGCGUGUUGAAGAAUAUUAAUCUUCAAGUUGGAAAGGGAAAAUGUGUAGCAGUUGUUGGCACAGUUGGAAGUGGAAAAAGUUCCCUCGUAUCAGCAUUUCUUGGUGAAAUGGAUAAAGUUUCUGGACGUGUUAAUACUGUUGGAAAAAUUGCUUACGUCCCACAACAAGCCUGGAUUCAAAAUGCAACAUUACAAGAGAAUAUCUUGUUUGGUCGACCCAUGGAUCUCGCCAAAUAUAACAAUGUUAUUCAAGCCUGUGCCCUUAAGCCCGAUCUUGAAAUCCUCCCAGGUGGAGAUCAAACGGAAAUAGGCGAGAAAGGAAUUAAUUUGUCAGGAGGUCAAAAGCAAAGAGUUUCUCUUGCUCGUGCUGUUUACAAUGAUUCUGACAUUUAUUUCCUUGAUGAUCCAUUGUCGGCUGUUGAUUCUCAUGUCGGAAAACACAUUUUCGAACAAGUUCUUGGUCCUAAAGGAAUUCUUGCCAAAAAGACUCGUGUCUUGGUGACACACGGAAUUACGUACUUACCAGAAGUUGACAAUAUUUUUGUACUUAAGUAUGGUGAAGUGUCAGAACAAGGAACGUAUAAAGAAUUGAUGGCAAAGAAAGGAGAUUUUGCUGAUUUCUUGAUUCAACAUUUGACAGAAGUGAAUGCCGAAGAAGAAGAUUUAGACGAAAUCAAAGCACAACUUGAAGAAGUUGCAAGCGAUGAUCUCAAAGCCAAAUUAGAACGUGCAAUUAGUACAACACGAUCUAGAAGCGAUAGUCAAUCGGAAUCGCAACAUGGUGAACUUACACGUCGUAGCUCAACGAUUAGUGAAACAGGAAGUUUAAGAAAAAGAACACCAGAUAAAAAAACAUCGGAAUCUGAUAAACAAGACGACAAACCAGUACAAAAUGGUGGAGGAAAUCAGAAGUUGAUUGAAACAGAAAAAGCAGAGACAGGAAGUGUUAAAUGGGACGUUUAUAAACAUUAUCUUAAGAGCAUUGGAUGGACACUUUCUAUAGCAACUGUCAUUCUUAACAUGAUUUUCCAAACUUUCUCAAUUGGCUCAAAUGUUUGGCUAUCAGAAUGGUCAAGUGAUAAAGAAGCCGCGAAUGAUACAGGGAAACGAAAUAUGUACUUAGGCGUUUAUGCUUCAUUUGGUCUUGGACAGGUUGUUGCACAAUUCAUCGUGUCGCUAACAUUUUCACUGGGAACAAUUGCUGCUGCAAAUGGAAUGCAUUCUAUCUUACUCAGUGCCGUUCUUCGUUUACCAAUGACAUUUUUUGAUGUUACGCCGCUGGGUCGAAUAUUGAAUCGAUUUUCAAAGGAUGUUGACACAUGUGACAAUGUCUUGCCGCAUGUCCUUCGAAUGUUCAUCGCUAUGGUCUUUGGUGUGAGUUUCAUCAUUUAUAUUGAUCUGUUGUUGCUAUUGUAUCUGUUCACAACAUUUAUUGCCACUUUGGCAUUGUACAUUGGAACAUUGCGAGCCGCACAAAACACUCACAAUUAUUUACUGACAAAAAUGUUACGUGCACCAAUGGAAUUCUUUGAUCAAACACCAAUCGGCCGAAUCAUCAAUCGAUUCUCAAAAGACAUUGAAGCUGUUGACACAUUAUCUUCUAUGGUUAGUGACUUAGCACCACGCUUAGCAACGUUAAGAGCGUCACAGCUAUUGCAUGUCACUUUAUUAUGGGCUAUGAUGCGUGCACCUUUGAUGUUUUAUGAUCAAACACCAAUUGGUCGUAUUUUGAGUAGAUUUUCGUCUGAUGUUGAAGCGACCGAUAAUAAAAUUCCUGAAAUUGUAUCAGACGGAAUUUGGUGUUUCUUCGAGGUGAUUGCAACAUUGGCAGUUAUUUCCAUCUCAACGCCAUUGUUCCUCUUCGUUAUCGUACCAAUUUCAAUUCUUUACUACUUCGUUCAACGAUUCUAUGUUGCAACGUCGCGACAGUUGAAGCGUUUGGAGUCGGUUUCAAGAUCUCCAAUUUAUUCACAUUUCGGUGAGAGUAUCACGGGAGCACAAACAAUUCGAGCUUAUACCGUUCAGCCAAGAUUUAUUCACGAGUCAGAAAAUAAAGUCGACUUCAAUCAGAUUUGCUAUUAUCCUUCGAUUAUUGCCAAUCGAUGGCUUGCCGUUCGACUUGAAAUGGUUGGAAAUUUGAUCAUCUUGUUUGCCGCGUUGUUUGCUGUCAUGAGUGAUUCAAUAUCACCAGGAUUUGCUGGUCUCUCAGUGACGUAUGCACUUCAAGUGACACAAACACUCAACUGGUUAGUCAGAAUGACGUCUGAUGUUGAAACGAAUAUUGUGGCAGUUGAAAGAAUCAAAGAAUAUGGAGAAACAAAGCAAGAAGCUGCUUGGGAAAACAACACACCGUUGCCAGUCAAUUGGCCUGAGAAUGGACGCGUUGAGUUCAGAAACUUUCAAGUCAGAUAUCGUGAAGGUUUGGAUUUGGUUUUGCGUGGAAUUUCGUUCAUCGUCGAAGGUGGAGAAAAAGUUGGAAUUGUUGGAAGAACUGGUGCAGGCAAAUCGAGUUUGACACUUGCACUGUUUCGUAUCAUUGAAUCAGCUGGUGGUGACAUUAUAAUCGAUGGAGAAAACAUCUCGAAACUUGGAUUGCACGCAUUACGUUCACGUCUUACAAUCAUCCCUCAAGAUCCUGUUCUCUUCAGUGGAACUUUACGUCUCAACUUGGAUCCAUUUGACACACAUACAGAUGAUGAAAUUUGGCGUGCACUUGAACAUGCACAUCUGAAAGCUUUCGUAAAAGGAUUGGCAGCUGGAAUUAAUCAUGAAGUGACUGAAGGGGGGGAAAACCUUUCAGUAGGCCAACGCCAGCUGGUGUGCCUUGCUCGAGCUUUACUUCGUAAAACUAAAGUUCUUAUUCUUGAUGAAGCAACUGCUGCUGUCGAUCUUGAAACUGAUGAUCUGAUUCAAAAAACAAUCCGAGAAGAAUUUAAAGAAUGCACGGUGCUUGUGAUUGCUCAUCGUCUCAACACAAUCUUAGACUCAGACAAAGUCAUUGUUCUUGACAAAGGAACCAUCUCAGAAUUUGCAUCGCCAACAACAUUAUUACAAAAUAGACAGUCAGCUUUCUAUAGCAUGGCUAAAGAUGCGGUUAUUUCCAUCUCAACGCCAUUGUUUCUCUUUUUUGUCUUACCAAUCUCAAUUCUUUACAACUUCGUUCAACGAUACUAUGUUGCAACGUCGAGGCAAUUGAAGCGUUUGGAGUCGGUCACAAGAUCUCCAAUUUAUUCACAUUUCGGCGAAAGUAUCACGGGAGCACAAACGAUUCGAGCUUAUAAUAUUCAGCCAAGAUUUAUUCACGAGUCAGAAAAUAAAGUCGACUUCAAUCAGAUUUGCUAUUAUCCUUCGAUUAUUGCCAAUCGAUGGCUUGCCGUUCGACUUGAAAUGAUUGGAAAUUUAAUCAUCUUGUUUGCUGCGAUGUUUGCUGUCAUGAGUGACUCGCUUUCUCCAGAAUUUACUGGUCUCUCAGUGACGUAUGCACUUCAAGUGACACAAACUCUCAAUUGUUUGGUAAGAAUGACGUCAGAAGUUGAAACAAAUAUUGUGGCAGUUGAAAGAUUAAAAGAAUAUGGAGAAACAAAACAAGAAGCUGCUUGGGAAAACAACACACCGUUGCCAGUAAAUUGGCCUGAGAAUGGACGCGUUGAGUUCAGAAACUUUCAAGUCAGAUAUCGUGAAGGUUUGGAUUUGGUUUUGCGUGGAAUUUCGUUCAUCGUCGAAGGUGGAGAAAAAGUUGGAAUUGUUGGAAGAACUGGUGCAGGCAAAUCGAGUUUGACACUUGCACUGUUUCGUAUCAUUGAAUCGGCUGGGGGGGACAUUAUAAUCGAUGGAGAAAACAUCUCGAAACUUGGAUUGCACGCAUUACGUUCACGUCUUACAAUCAUCCCUCAAGAUCCUGUUCUCUUCAGUGGAACUUUACGUCUCAACUUGGAUCCAUUUGACACCCAUACAGAUGAUGAAAUUUGGCGUGCACUUGAACAUGCACAUCUGAAAGCUUUCGUAAAAGGAUUGGCAGCUGGAAUUAAUCAUGAAGUGACUGAAGGGGGUGAAAAUCUGUCAGUAGGCCAACGCCAGCUGGUGUGUUUGUCUCGAGCUUUACUUCGUAAAACUAAAGUUCUUAUUCUUGAUGAAGCAACUGCUGCUGUCGAUCUUGAAACUGAUGAUCUGAUUCAAAAAACAAUCCGAGAAGAAUUUAAAGAAUGCACGGUGCUUGUGAUUGCUCAUCGUCUCAACACAAUCUUAGACUCAGACAAAGUCAUUGUUCUUGACAAAGGAACCAUCUCAGAAUUUGCAUCGCCAACAACAUUAUUACAAAAUAGACAGUCAGCUUUCUAUAGCAUGGCUAAAGAUGCGGAAUUUCUUUCUAAAAUGCUGGAGCAACAAGAAACUUCAUCAUUUGAAAACAGUCUUCGAUUUGUUAAAAAUGAAUUUGACGAUCAAAUCAAUGAAAUAAUUAAUGAAUCGAAGCAGGAAUCACUUAGAGCACCAUUCAAAAUUGUGCUGCCAUAUCCAGGAAUGUGCAUCAAAGCUUUCAAAACUGGAUCAAAAGAAAAGUUUUUCAUAAACAUUUGUCAUACGAGUGAAAUUCCAGCACCUAAAGAUAUCAGUGAAAAAGAACUUCAUAAACUGAUCGAAACACAAAAUGCUACCGAGUUUAAAGUUCCAUUGAGUGUGACAAAGCCUCGAGUAGGCAAAGACAAGUCGGGAAACGAUGUUGAAAUUAGCGACGUUGCUAUAAAUACAGAAUUCUACACAAAGAAAAUCAAAAGGAGCGAUGGUCUCUUCUAUCAUUUCCUAAUCACACUUGUAUUUGAAUCAUUGGAGCAGAAAUAUCAAAUUGUUAUUGAUACAACAAAUUUCAUUUUAUUAAAAAACCGCGCUUGUAUUGAUAAAUUAGUUGAGCAUCAGAUUUACAAUCGCGAUGUGAAAACUGUCGAAAGUUAUCAUAAUAUGUCUGAAAAUAUUGAAAAAUUAGGAUCUGAUGAAAGCGACCAAAUUAAGAUUGGCUUGAAUGAUCAACCAAAAAGCAAUGGAAAAGUUCUCAUUGAAGAAAUUUCAACACAAAAUAAUUUCACAGCUCGAAAAUCUAUUUCCAAUGACAAUGAACCUGAACAUCGACUUGUUAGCGACACUGAUGAAUUUAAUCGCUCGAUUCUUAUCGGUGAAUUUUAUUUGCCUGAAGUUCGAAAUAUUGAUGAAGUGACUUUAGAAGCUAAUGAUGAUCGACUUAUGUUGGAAGCAAAAAAGUAUGGAUACUCCUUUGAUGGUUUCCUACCACAAGAUAUUGUCCCAAAUAAAACACAAGCAGAAUUUGACAGCGAUAGAAUGAUUCUUAAAAUCACAAUGACUUGUAAAUGAAUAAGAAACGCUAAUCAAUUUCAAAAGCAUUGAAGAAAUUAAAUUAUUUAAGUUUUUGAAAUGAAAUCUUUUUGUGAAAUUUUCAAUAAAAUGAUUCAGAAGUUAAGAAUAA